AUGGCCUGGUCUGCUGCGCCAGCUCUAAGCAACGGCAGCUCGCACGGCAGCAGGCGCCGACCGCGGUGCAGGAUCGGGCUAUGGGCCCUGGUUGCAACGGCGCUGUCGGUGGCUACUUGCAAGACCUCGGGUGCGGUGUCGGCGAACGCGAACGUGCCGUCGGUGGGUGUCGGGGGAUGGGUAAGGCCAGGAGGGUGGGGAGCGGUGGAGCAACUCCGGGGCGGUGCGGCAGAAGGGGGCGGGGGCAGGAGCAGCAGCAGGAGGAAGCAGGCCGACAAGCAUGCCCAGAGGGAGACUCUGUACGAUGCGUACAACAUGCUGCACACGCUAGCACAGGACUUUCACAAGCCGUUCGACUCUCCGGCAGUGCUCGUCGUGGGCCACCAGACCAGCGGGAAGUCGGCGCUGAUAGAGGCCUUGAUGGGAUUUCAGUUCAACCAGGUCGGCGGGGGAACCAAGACUCGGCGGCCGAUAGCGCUGCGGAUGCAGUACAACCCAGACUGCGACCAGCCUCGAUGCUACCUAGCGCUCGAGGACGGAAAGGAGGAGCCGCGCUCCCUCCAAGAGAUUCAGGCGUACAUCGAGUCGGAGAACCGCAGGCUGGAGAGAGAUCCGGUGCGAUCGUUCGACUCGCGCGAGAUCAACAUCCGCAUGGAGUACCGCUUCUGCCCCAACAUGAUCCUCAUCGACACGCCGGGCCUCAUCCACGCCCCGUCGGGGAGUAACCUCAAUGCGGAGCAACGCGCCGUCGCAGCGGCGGCUAAGGAAGCGGAGAACUUGGUGAUCCAGAAGAUGCGCUGCCAAGACUACGUCAUCCUCUGCGUGGAGGACACCACGGACUGGAAGCACGCUACCACUCGAAACAUCGUAACUCAGGUGGACCACGACCUGUCUCGCACGGUGCUGGUGACGACCAAGCUUGACACCAAGCUGCCCCAGUUUGGCGGUGGGGAUGACCUGCAGGACUUCCUCAGAGCCCCUUCUAUCCAGCGCAUGUACCGGUGCAUGCUGGGAGGCCCGUUUUUCACCACGGUACCGUCUGGGCGAGUGGGGCGUGCCCGCGACUCCGCUUACUUCUCGAACGAAGCGUUUGUCCACGGGGUGCGCCGCUCAGAGCGCGAUGACCAGAUGCUCGUCGCGGCAAAGCUAGGACCUCAGGCCGCGCCUUCCUGUCUCCCCCGCGUGGGCGUGUCCCGCCUGCGUCGGUUCUUGGAACGGCGCGUGGAGGAGUGCUACCGGAGGAACGUUGCGCGGAUCGUUCCCUUGCUGCAGCAGGAGAUGUCGAGGGCGGAGGGAAGGCUGCUCACCACGGAGCAGGAGAUCGAUGCGCUGUCUUUGGAAAGCCUGAAGGCAUCGGCGGACGAGUACCGCGAACACUUCUCUCGGGCCCUAGGGCGCGCGAUCCAGGGUACAAUCAAGGCCCCGCCCGAGAAAUUCGGCGAGACGCUGGAGGCCGAGCAGCUGAGGGCCGGUUCGUUCAUCGAGGACUCUGACGUGGACGCGGAUCAGUGGGAGAGGUUGAUGGAGAUAGAGGUCGGCAACGGGGAGAACAAGCUGUUCGGGGGAGCGCAGUACCACCGGGCUCUCCGCGAGUUCAACUUCGCGAUCCGGCACAUGAACGCUCCUGAGGUUUCGGAGGAUGAGAUCGCCAACGCCGCCGGCAUCAGCGACAUGCACGACGGGGUGAACUUCAUGAGGGCCGCCUGCGUCAUUGCGGUGGACAAGGCGAGGACGUCGUUCGAGCCAACCCUGGACGCCCUUCGCGUGCGGACGGUGCACGUGAUGAAACGGCUUUUCGGGGUGGUGGAGCACAUGCUCAAGUCCGACGGCAUGCAGAUGAGCGACACGCACCAGAAGCCCUUCAGCUUCAUCGUGAAGCGCGUUUACGAAAAGUUCGUGGAGAAGGCGGUGGACGAGACCCUCGCCCGCUGCCGCGACGACUUGACGGCCCUCACCCGCUUCGUCACCUGGGACCUGCACGAGCGAUCCGCGGGCGCCCUCCGACGGUCUCUCCCCGACAGCUCCAUGGUCCACAUAUACUCCCUGGCGGACUACUUCAACCUCCAGCAGCUGAUGGAGGAGGCGAGUAGCUCGAGGGACGCGGAACGGACCUCUGCCGUUGUGUCGGCGCUGGUGCAGCACAUCAUGCUCAGCUGGAGGGAGCAUUUCGCGAGGGCUGUGGCGAUGAAGUUCAACUGUUUCUUCCUCAUGCCCUUCGUCGACGACUUCCCCUCCUAUCUACGCCGGGAACUGGAGAAGGUCUACGAGGGAGAUGUUGGAGAUAUCUUCGAUAUCGCGGAGGCUAGGGGGGCUCUCGUUCGAAGGAGGGAGUCGCUUGUGGCAGAGUGCAAGGCUUGCCACGAGAUCCAGGGCAAGUUCGACUCGAUCAACUCACAGCUGAACAACGCCAAGGAGAUCUACAAGGACGGGGAUCAGGACCUAGAGGCUACCGCGGCGGAGGCGGCAGCGGAGGCUGAGGCCGACGCGAUCGCUGAGCGAGAGAUGGAGGCAGCGGCGGCUGCUGCAGCGGGGGCGGCGGCGGCGGCGGAGGCGGCCUCGACCCGUGACUCUGGGACGGCAAUGACGCGAGACUACGGCGGGAUCGACAGCCUUGAGGACGACGAGAUGAUGGCGUUCAGCAGCAGUGGCGGCGGCGGCGGCGGCGGCGGCGGUUUCAGUAGCGAGGGCAACGGUGGCCGAAGCUUUUUCUCCGCGGGUGGCGGUGGGUUUAGUUCCGCCGCCGGGACUGUGGCGGGCCGGACGCCGGCACCGGGGUACGGCAGAAAUUUCUUCGCUCCUUCCGAGGACGACUCCUCCGAAGAGGACGAAGACGAAGACGAAGACAUGCUGUUUGUCAACCCGGUGGCCUACAUGGGUCCCAUCGGAGAAAAGCCUCCUCCGGUCGACUCCUUCGACCGCCGUCGCCGCCGGGGGGGGUGGGUCCCUCAGCCGCGCUUGGGAGCGGUGGCGGACCGGGAAGGUGGCGAGCGAGCAGCAGAAGAAGUCGAUAGCGAAGGUGGAGGUUAUCGGGGUUCUUUCGACUCCGCUUCUUCGGCGGCGGCGGCGGCGGCUCGGCUGAGCAAGGGGUGGACGGGGACCGGGGCGGGGGCGGGGCGAGUGGGUCGGGGGGGAGGUGGCGACGAGGCUGAGGGGGAUAUCGGCGCGAUGCGGGGCGGGUCGUCGUCGUCGACGUUGUCGACGUCGAUGUCGGUCCCCGAGGAGGAGUCGGUGCGGUACCGGCAGCGACGAAACGGUACUAGUCCCGCCGCAACCGGGGAUGCGGCGGGGGCGUGA